AACAUGCGGCACAAACUGACUUGCCUCGAUUGUCACUUUGUCAUGUGUGCUAGUUUCGGAAACAGCGUGGAACGUUAUACCAUCUGCGCUUUGUUUUUCGAGGAAUGAUAACUUUGAUUAAUUAAGAUCUCCGAUUUAUCGAGUUCUGUAGCCAAUGUUGCGAUGACUGAACAAAAUGUAUUAUCAACCAGCUGGUUAGCGUCUUGUGAGUUGUGACAUGUGAGGAAUUUGUGGAUUUGGUGCCAUUGGUGCGCAGAGUAGAUCCGGAAACCUGUUGCUGUAUUCAGUUUAUAGUGAUGUUGCACGCAUUACUGCAUGGCGUGCAUUCCAUAGCUUUCCUUUCGAAUGGAAAAAGUUGUCAGCAUUCUGCGCGCCGAACGUUUGCAUGAUUUGGAUUCAGAUUGCAGCAAGCUGUUGGGACACCUAGAUCAAAUUCGCAAUGGCCACAGAUUCUACAAAUUCGCUGUUGACUUUCAAGACCAUUGCCGAAAUUCCCGCAUUAACGCAAUCGAAAUGGAUGAGCGGCAAGUGCGUAACAAUGACAUCCGACCGAUACAUCACGGUGUGCGAUCAGGGCGGUCUGUGGUCAAGCCCCUCGGUGACCUAUAUCGAUCUGGCUGGCGGCAAGGGAUCGCAAGUCUUCACGGUCGUGUACAAGCGGCACGGAAUGGACGGACGCAUCGUCAGCGCCACUCGCAGUCCCAACGGGAAAUUAUGCAUAAUGCAGAAUGCCGGCAAUGUGGUAUGGAUAACGGGUGCCGCUGGUUUUGAUGCGGGAAACGAUCUGACGGUCAGCAAUGGGCGGUGGCCGAUACAGUUCACGGGAUGGCUGGACGAUAAUCGUAUUGUAGUCAUCCCCGGGCGGGAAAUCUUCCACGUGGAUAUGACAGGAAAGGCCAGCGCCAAAUUACAGUUGUCGGAGACUUUUGUGAAAAAUCAUACGAUAACUGAUUACCAGCAGAGCCAGGCAAGGAACUGGUCUUUUGUGGCCGCCGUCCAGCUGGAUGUCGAUCACGCCAAAGGCUCAUUGGAAGUGUUCAACGUGAAACAAUCAGUUUCCGGCAAAGUCAGCGGAUUUGCUGGUGCUUUUGUAAAUGAAGCCAGCCGUUUGCAGCAGAUACUUGUUGCCGAUACGAGUGUGGAUAUGACAUGUAUCCUUUUAAAAUGCGUUGAAGUGGACUGCGUAGAACAACCCGCUGCUGCUGUGAAAUGUAAUAUUAGGAAUUUCGCCGAAUUGAAAUAUCCUGUUGACGAAAAUGGGAUUGAAAAAGAUUUCCCAGUUGCUGUGAAGAUAAGUAGUCACGCUAGCGAAACUUUAGCGUUUGUAGUCACUAAAAGGGGAUACGUCCAUAUAUUUGAUUUCCGGGGCAUGUGCCAUCUGAAGUCUGUGAAACUUAAUGAUUCUGCUACUGACUGCAUUUUGGAUGUGGUACGAUCGAAAAGAGGAGUUACUGUUGUGAAUAACGAGGGACAGGUUAUCCAGAUAACUGCAACCUAUUCUAGUAUCAUUCCCCUCUUGUUGGAGAAGAAUAUGCCAGAUGCAGCAGUGCGAUACGCUUUGGCGCAUAGUAGCUCAUUACCGAACGAUGUGUUUAUGUCUGUAUUUUUGGCUAUUCUGCGUUCCGGCUCCAGUUUGGAUAGGCUUCUUCCAUUUUGCCAGUUAAAUAUGGACCAUCUGUCCGCCGCACAGGCACUUGAAGUUCUUAGGGAAUGCAUAGUACGGCUACAUGGCUUACCACACCUUCCUUUGAGCCAUUUUGCUGCAAAAGUUGGCGAAAAGGUCGGCGUUGAUAAGGUUGUUACAAUUUUUGAGCAACAUUCGGACGAGAAAAGAGUGUUUCUAUUUUUAAACACACUUUCGCCGGGCAAGAUGUCUGAAAGUGCUGUGAGCAGAUAUGUCAAGGCUGGAUUGAAAACUGAUCAGCUGAAGGCUUUGACACAUUUUGUUUCCAACAUAAAAACUCCUUAUCCGAAAAUUGUACUGGAUUGCUUGCUCAUGGAAAACGCUCCGCCGGCUGUUAUUGAUCCGCUUUUGGAGACGUUUUGCAUUAAGAACUCUUCGCUCAUUCAAUUGGUCAUCUACCGGCUGAAGAAUCGGCUUCCAGUGCGACUUCGGCCACUGUUAAGAGAGCUCCCUGGAGAGGAAAUCAUCGCGCAGCUUGAGUCAGUUUUGAAAUAUUUACUGGGCUUAAACGAUGAUUUAACGAUAUUGGACGUGAAUUUCGAUAUUGGAUUGACCGCCGGCAUGCUCCAAACCGUUCAGGAUAGCAUUUUGAAGGAACUGGAGCAGGACCAAAGCCAAAUUGCUGCUUUGCGAAAGUUUUUAGAAUUCCUAGUUGCAAAGGGUGUCACAGACCCAGCUGUACAUUCUCGUUUGGCCAAGCUUUACAUCGAACGGAAACACCUUGAAAAGUUAUAUCCGUUCCUCAGAAAUAAUAAAUUAUAUGAUGCGGUUGCCAUCGGUCAGUGGUGUGAGGAACAGAAUGAUUUCUCCAUAGCCCUGACAAUUUAUGAAGAGCGGAAUCUCAGUGAACACUUCAUCCGAGUUAGUGGCCAGUUGGGUUCGUACCGCCGUCAAUUGAGUCACCUUUUAAAGUCACGCAGUGAAAAUUUGUGGGACAAGGUUUUAAGCGCCGAUAAUCGAUUCCGGUUGGACCUUCUGACCACAAUGUUAGAAAUGACCGAGGGAGACGAAAACGCAAUCUACGAUGUUUUCGAAGAUGUUUCCGUACUUGUCCCAGUUAUUGGCAAAACUGAGCUGAUAUCGGAAACACAAGCAUUAAUCCGGAAACUGUUCAGAAAACACUAUGCCCCGGAGCAAGUUCAGUUUUUGCAAUUGUGGUCGCUCAGAUCGCUUUUGAAUGGAGAAUUAUCGGAAGAACAGAUGGAGAUAAUGUACGGUGAACAAUUAUAUUCAUACGAUCCCGGUGUAGUGGGUUCGGUCCUUCAAGAAGCAGGGAUGCUGCGAAUUGCAAAGAAGGUUUUUAUCAGAGGAAAGUGUUGGAAUCAGGCAGCACAGUUGUUGUCGUCUCAAAAAGACAUGGAUUUAGGCACGAUGAAAGAGUUGGCGGAUUUGAGUCGAGAUCCGAAAAUGUUAGCUGCAGUUGGCCUAACAUAUAUGAAAAACGGCGAACUAGUGUAUGCCUUGCGCUAUUUUGUGGAUGCCGGUUGUUUUACGGACUACAACUGGGUUUGUUCCAUGGUGCAUUCCGACGAUGCUUUCGCUGAGUGGGAAUUACUAAUCCAGUUCCUUGAGGGUGCACGCUCCAUUGCGAAGGAUUCAUGUAUUACUGUGACCUUGGCUCUUGCGUACGGGAAGACAAGCCGUAUCCAGGAUCUGGACAGACUUAUGUCGGGUGAUCUGGAGAUGAGCGUCCCUCGUGAUGCUAAUGCCUGCCGAAUCUGUGAAGAUCUUCCUAAGAAUAUCACAUUCGUUCCGUGUGGUCACAUGGUUGCUUGUGAAGGGUGCGCGAAAAAUCUGAAAGCAUGCCCAAUCUGCCGCAGCGUUAUUGAGCUUAAAGUUAAAACAUAUAGCGCCUAGUUUUUUGUUGCCUUUUUUAUGGUCUGCUUUUUUCUGUUAACAUUCCAUCUUUAAAGGCUGUGUUUCAGUUCUCGGGUUGUUCAGCUUUGCCCUACGCUGCUUAAUGCAAACUUGUAUAUUUUCUGAAAAUUGUGUAGUUCAUUGCAGAAGGUAUCAUUAGAUCCAGCCUAAGUUUUUAUGGAAGCGAGAAGUGAAUGAAGAUUACGGUAAUAGCAUGCACAAAA